AUGUCAUUAUAUCUUGGAUUACGUCCCUCAGCGCGCCAUAACCUGGGCCUGUGUUAUCGCCGAUACGCGUCUACCAUUGCAACUAAGCCUGCCGCGACAACUUCGACUGCUUCCAAAUCCACAUACACACCUCGAUCCACCACAACUCCAACAAGAACUGCUUCUAGUACCUAUAACAAUGCUUCCUCUACAACUACAGCCAAACCUGUAGCUACCUCAACGUCCUCCACAGCAGCUGCUCCGUCGUCAUCUGCACCUACUGGUUCAUCUACCGGCGUUGCCGCCUCGCCUAUUGCGAUUGGACGCAGCGUUUCCGGGACUCAACCUUAUUCUUUAUCAGACUCGCCAACUUCUUCUUCUUCUUCUUCUUCUUUUUCUACCUCUGCCUCUUCCUUCUCUACUGAGGUUGACUGGUCACGGAGUUAUCUUGGGCUUGGGUCAGCCCCGUUUGGCGAGAAAACGGCUAAAGUACUUUCUGCACCCGUGUCUGAGGACGAAAUUGAGAUUAAACCGGACGGCAUGAUUUAUUUGCCGGAGAUUAAGUAUCGCCGAGUGCUCAAUCGCGCGUUUGGACCUGGAGGAUGGGGGUUGGCUCCACGCAGUGAGACACUCAUUACCCCACGAAUGAUUACCCGCGAGUAUGCUCUUGUGGCUCAUGGCCGGCUUGUUGCUGUGGCCCGGGGUGAGCAGGAUUACUUUGAUGUGUCAGGGAUUCCAACGGCCACGGAGGGAUGCAAGAGUAAUGCUAUGAUGCGAUGCUGUAAAGAUUUGGGUGUUGCAUCUGAGCUAUGGGAUCCCAAGUUUAUUCGUGCUUUCAAGAAGAAGUAUGCUCACCAGGUUUUUGUCGAAUAUAUUCCCACCAAGAAGACCAAGAGCAUUUGGAUGCGCAAGGAUGACGAGGUGGUUUAUCCUUACAAGAAGACUUAA